AUGUCGCCAUCUUGGCGGGGUGGCGGCGUUGGCGCCAUCUUUGGUGUGGGCAAGGCCCUCCCGCCUCAGCACUCCGCCUCUCCCGGGGCCGUUCGGGGGUCCCGGAGCCCGCCCGGUUUAACGGAGGGAGGGGAGGUCUCGCUGUGCCCGGGAGAGGCUCCGGACCCGCCGCGAAUGGAAAAAAAGAAGCGGGACGGGAGGCCGGGCCUUCCGCACAUGACCUUUACGUCACUUCCGUUUCCGCUUCCGGCGGGGGGCGGCGCGUCCGGCCCGGCCCCGGCCCGGCCGAGCGGGGCUUCGGAACGGCCCCGGGACCCCCCGGCACCGCCCCCGGGACCCGCCAGCGUGGUGGCCAACGCGGCUCCCGGCGAGGUCGCCGCGGCGGCCAACGGGGCGAACGCGGUCGCCACCAUCGGCGCCAACAUCGGCGCCGCCAACGUGGCACCCGGCGGGGCCGGCCGGGCCGGCGCCGUGCGCGCCGUGCCCGCGGUUGCCACCGGGGCCGGCGCCGGCCACGGAGCGGCCGCGUCCCCCAACGGCGUCAACGCCCUGGUGGCCGGCGGGGUGAACCUGGUAGCCCCCGGCGUGACGGUGGCCGUGCCCAACGGGGUGAUCCCGGUGCCCAGCGGGGUGAUCCUGGCUCCCGUGGGGGUCCCGCUGGCCACGGGCGGCGCCGGCCCGGCGGCCUCGGGCGUGGCCGGCGCCGAGGGCCCGUUCAGUUGCCCGCUGUGCUGGAAGGUGUUCAAGAAGCCGAGCCACCUGGCGCAGCACCAGAUCAUCCACACGGGCGAGAAGCCGUUCGCCUGCGCCGCCUGCGGCCGCGCCUUCAACCGCCGCGAGAGCCUCACUCGCCACGUGAAGACCCACGCGGGCCCGCGGCGAGUGCCGUGCCCCGUGUGCGGCAAGGAGUUCCGCGACGCCGCGUACCUGCUGCGGCACCAGCUGAGCCACGGCCCCGCGCGGCCCGCGCACACCUGCGAGCAGUGCGGCAAAGCGUACGCCGCGCCACAGAGCCUGCUGAGACACCGCAGAGCGCACGGCGGCGCCGAGGGACACGGCCCCAGCAGCGUCCCCAGGCCCAGCACUGGCGCCGGUCGCAGUUUCCCGUGCCCGGUUUGCGGCCGCGCCUUCGGUCGCCGCGAGACCCUGCGGCGCCACGAGCGCAUCCACACGGGCGAGCGGCCGCACCAGUGCGGCCAGUGCGGCAAACGCUUCCGCGAGUCCUUCCACCUGCGCAAGCACCGCGUGGUUCACACCCGCGAGCGGCCCUACCGCUGCGAGCUGUGCGGAAAAGCCUUCGGCUACCCGCAGAGCCUCACCCGGCACCGCCAGAUCCACCGCGCCGCCGAACCGGCACCGCCCGCACCGCCCGCACCGCCGGCCCCGCCGGGAAUGGGCUGCGGGUCCUGCGGGCAGCGCUUCCCCGAGCUGCUGCGCGCCGUGGCCGGUAAGGAGGCGGCGGCGGAGAGGCCGCACGGUUGCCAGGCCUGCGGGCAGGUGGUCGGGUUUUUGGAGAGCCUGGUGUGGCAGCGCUUGGCGCGCGGGGCGCGGCGCUUCACCUGCGGCACCUGCGGGAGGAGCUUCAAAGGGUUCCUGGCGCUGGUGACGCACAGGUACGUGCACCUGGCCGGGCUGCGGCCGCUGCGCUGCUCGGCCUGCGGGCGGCGCUGCGCGGGCGCCCUGGAGCUGCUGCGGCACCGGCGGCGCCACCUGCGGCAGCGGCCGGCGCUGUGCCGGGCCUGCGGCCGCCGCUUCUGGGCCGGCUCGGUGCUGCGGCGGCACCGGCGGCGCUGCCCGGCCCCGUUCCGCUGCCGCUCCUGCGGCCGCUCCUUCCCGGCCGCCCGGCAGCUCAGGAAACACCGGGCCCGGCACCGGGAGCCGCCGCCGCGCUGCCCGCUCUGCGCCAAACGCUUCGCCCACGCCGCCGGCCUGGCCGAGCACCAGCGGCGGCACCGGCGGGCGAGGCCUCGGCGCUGCGGCACCUGCGGAGAGACGUUCCGGCUGCGGCGGGAGCUGCUGGAGCACCGGCGCGCUCACCUGGGCGAGGCCGUGUACAGGUGCGACAGGUGCGGCAAGAGCUUCUUCUACCUGGGCUCCAUCGCGCGGCACCUGAGGGCGCACGAGCGGCGCCGGCGCUGCCCGCGUUUUCAGGGAUGCCCCCGCCUCCCCUCACGGUUCAACAUGGCGGCGCUCCCACAGUGCGAGAAGGAGGGAACCCCUCACUUCCGGCGUCGCCCCUUUAAGGAAGGCGGGUGA